GAAAGCGAAACCUUUCUGUUUAUAAUUAUCCCCUUUUUCAUUUUCAAUGUUUAUCCAACAACACUGAAACCACUCCUCCCUUUUCCUCUUUCUCAUGAACCUUAAUCCACACUCCGAUUCCAACAUUCGUAGUUUACAUGUGUCUAACAAAACCACCUACCCUCUUCUCGCUCUUUCUUCAAACGAGUUAGUUUUUAGUUCAUAAUCCCCCUUUUCCCCUUUCUCCGUGAUCGGUGCUCGGUUUCUUUGAAAAAUUCAUCACAAUUUCAACUUUUCAAGCCACGCCAUUUGCCAAAGUUGAGAUUUUUCGGGGGGCAUUUGAAGGUGGAUCUCUUUGGAUUUUGGUUACUGCUACUUGUUCGGAAGCUCACCCAAACAAGUCCCGAGUCUUGAGUGAUUAGGAUUCAGGAAUUAGAUGAUUUGGCUUUGAGGAUUCAUCUUGAUCAGUAGGAAGGAAAAAAGAUGGCUGUAGCUAGCAAAACAAGAAAUAUGCUUGAAGGUUUGGUAAAAGAGGGAUCAUUUAAAUGGCUUCUAGGGAAGAAGAGCUACUUUGAUGAAGAGCUUGAGGAGUUGGAAAAUUCACCUUCUGCUGGGAAGAAUUACAUACCAGAGCUCUCUCCAGUCGCAAACCUAGUUGUUCGUAGAUGUUCAAAAAUACUUAAGGUUUCUUCAAGUGAGCUUCAAGAGAGCUUUAAUCAAGAGGCUUCUGAUUCUAUAAAACAUCCAUCACGAUAUGCGAGGAACUUAUUGGAAUAUUGCUGUUUCAAGGCACUUUCCUUUUCAACACAAAUGACUGGCCAUCUGUUUGAUAAAACAUUCCGACGCUUGACAUUUGACAUGAUGAUAGCUUGGGAGGCCCCGGCUACAGCCAGCCAACCGUUAACCAAUAAGGUCGAGGAGGAAAUGUCUGUUGGUUUAGAAGCUUUCUGUCGAAUAGCUCCUGCAAUUCCUAUCAUUGCCAACGUCAUCAUUAGUGAAAAUCUUUUUGUGGUGCUGAGUUCAUCAACUGGUGGUCGCCUUCAGUUUCCCAUUUAUGACAAGUACCUUGGCGGCCUAGAAAGAGCAAUAAGAAAAAUGAAGAGCAAUUCAGAGUCAUCUCUCCUUUCUGCUAUAAGAUCCUCUAGAGGUGAGAAGAUUCUCGAGAUUGAUGGAACUGUCACCACACAGCCAGUGCUUGAGCACGUGGGAGUAUCCGCCUGGCCUGGAAGAUUAAUUCUCACAGAUCAUGCACUCUAUUUUGAAGCACUUCGUGUUGUUUCAUUUGACAAACCAAAAGUAUAUGACUUAUCGGAUGAUCUGAAACAAGUUGUUAAACCUGAGUUGACUGGACCAUGGGGUACUCGGCUUUUCGACAAAGCAGUCUUCUAUAGCUCAGCAUCCUUAUCGGAACCAGUUGUACUAGAAUUUCCAGAGCUUAAAGGUCAUGCUCGUCGUGAUUAUUGGCUUGCUAUCAUCCGAGAGAUUCUUAAUGUUCACAAAUUCAUUAGCAACUAUAGGAUCAAAGGGACUGCACGAGAUGAAGCACUUUGGAAGGCUGUUCUAGGAGUUUUGCGUCUACAAGCAAUCCAAGAUAUCGGUUCUGUGACCCCUAUACAGCAUGAUGCUCUUCUCUUGUUCAACUUUUGUGAUCAGCUUCCAGGUGGUGACUUGAUAUUAGAAACCCUAGCAAAUACGUCAAACCUAAAGGAGUCAGAUCGCCAGAAUGGUUUCAAGGCUGUAAGUGGAAUGUAUUCCGUCUCAGCCUUGGACAUGGUUUCUAACUUGGGGUUUGUGUUUGGAUCAAGCCCAAACAGCUCAAAUGAAAACACGAUAUCUGUUGGUGAAAUAUCAGUUGGAGCAUUGACUCCAUUGGAAAUAGCAGUUAAAGAGUCUAAGAACAACUAUAAGAAGGUUGUAUCUGCACAAGCUACAGUCGAUGGUGUUAAAGUUGAUGGUAUUGACACUAAUUUGGCUGUCAUGAAGGAAUUACUUUUUCCUCUUAAUGAACUUGGGAAGUCUCUUCUAUCUUUGGCAUAUUGGGAUGAUCCAUUGAAGUCUACUGGGUUUUGUUUGUUCUUCAGUUACAUGAUCUUCAGGGGUUGGCUUGGGUAUGCAGUGGCAUUAGUGCUUCUGUUACUCUCAGCAUUCAUGUUAAUCACCCGAUAUUUUAGUGAUGGUAGGCCUGCCGAAGUCAAAGUAAUAGCCCCGCCACCAAUGAAUACCAUGGAGCAGCUUUUGGCUGUUCAGAAUGCUGUCACUCAAGUCGAACAGCUUGUACAAGAUGGCAAUAUAAUUCUGCUCAAGUUCCGCGGCUUGUUGCUUUCAAUUUUUCCUCAGGCCACAGAGAAGUUGGCAUUUUCUCUUCUAUCAGCAGCAUUGAUUCUUGCUCUCUUACCCUGUAAAUACUUAGUUCUGCUAGUUUUCUUGGAGAUAUCUACAAGGUAUUCACCUCUAAGGAAAGCUAGCACAGAGAGAUGGAUGAGGAGGUUAAGGGAAUGGUGGUUUAGCAUACCGGCAGCACCUGUUACACUUGAGAGAGAUAAAGAGGAAAAGAAAAAGAAGUGAUGUUGGUGAAUCUGUUGUGAAAUUAUGUACAUAUUUAUGUUGAAUAAUGUUUUUUUUCUCAUAUACAGAGGUUUUAGGUGUAAAAUUCAAGGAUGGAGUCAAUGGAAUUAGAAAAGCACAUGAAUCAAUAAGCUACUGCUAACGACGUUA